AGCUUUCAAGAAUCCAAGCCAUCCGAGCGCCGACUUGGCCGACUUUCCGAUUCGCGAAGUGCGAAGUGGAACAAAAUAUGCACCUGUUUAAAUCUCACUCCCUAGCAUAUUUUUGUCGUGACCCGGUACCUUUAUGUAUUCAGUUAUCACCGCAUUAGCGAUGACUCUUUAAUCUGUACUGUUUUGCUCGUGUUACGCGUAGCCGGCCGUACUGCAUCACGUUACCGUGAGGACCGCGGAUCUGCUGCAACAUUCGAAGACGGCCUCUGUGAGACUUGGCAUCCCAAGAAAAAGACUUUCGGGCAGCAAAGUCUGUUGCGUCCAUCGUCGUCAUGGGUAGAGAAGAAAGACUGGCGCACGAGUCCUUUGUCACCAACAAGGAGGGCGGCUUUCCGGAGGAAAUCGUCAUGAUAUCCUGCAUUCCCAUGCUAUCCGCUUGCCUGCACGGCUUCCUAUGCCGAACAUCCGUCGUCGCGUCUCUCCGAAGGAACCUGUGGAGUGCCACGGCGCUGGACAUCCUGCUUCAGUGUGUACCCUUGAUCCUGGCCGUCACGGUGCUGUCGAGCUACGUGGCGUGCAUCACCUUUUCGAUGCUGGCCGCGUCCCUGGGAGUGAGGGUCGUGCACCAUCUUCUUCAGCAGAGGCCACCGAAGACACAGAAGGUGCAGAGAAACAGGAAGGCUCCUGGCAAAAAAGGGCCCCCGUCGACCGGUGCAAGUGUCCGUCCGGCGUGGUCGAGCGUGGUGACGGCGGCACGCUCGCAAGUGCUGCUUGGGGCCGCGGUGUUCAUCCUGGCAGUGGACUUCCCCGCAUUUGCGCGUCGCCUGGCCAAGACGAAGCGGUCGGGGUUCAGCCUGAUGGACACCGGUGUCGGCCUCUUCGUAGCCUUGGCGGCCGCGAGUUCCCCCGAGGCCAAGGGUGCCCCGUCCCCCGGGGGCGUGCAGAACGUGGUGAGAGCGGUGAAGGGCAGCGUGCCCUUGGUCCUCAUAGGGCUGUCGAGAGUCGUCGCCGUCAAGAACCUGGAGUACCAGAGCCCCAUCUCGGAGUAUGGAGUCCACUGGAACUUCUUCUUCACCCUCGCCUUCACAAAGGUCGCGGCAUCGGUCGUCUAUGCCGUCCUCCCGGCUCACCUGGACUGGCUCGUCGGCUCCAUCUUGGCAGUCGGCUACGAAGCCGUCCUCCAGUUGACACAACUCAGCGCGUUCUUGGACAACAGCAACCGCGACGGCCUCGUCGCCGCCAACAAAGAAGGGCUGGCUUCACUGGCCGGGUUCUUGGCGCUCUACUUGAUUGUCGUGGCACUUUCACGUCGCCUGCUGUACGGCGCAAGGAGCUGCAUCCGUGACUGGGUGGCCAUGGUCUUCGAGAUCAGCGCUGUUGCGCUAGUCGGACUUGCACUGACCUACGUGAUGCACUCGGAUCUGGCGCCCGUUUCGAGGAGGCUGGCAAACUUGCCCUACUGCCUUUGGACGAUGUGUCUUUUUUUAGUUACCAUAGUCUGCUUCGUCCUACUUCAAAUCGCCGACGUGCUGUUGUGCCAAGAGGGGAUGCAAGUGGAUUUCAGCCAGCUUCAAGUUUUACACAAAGCCAAAGACGCUGCUGGCGAGUCACAGGAGCCAAAUCUUCUCUGGUACAGCAUCAACUUCAACGCCAUGCCCAUGUUCCUGUUGGUCAAUCUGUUGACCGGACUUGUGAACAUUUUUCUCCGCCCAAGGACCAUGGGGACAUUGUCUGCGGUGUUGGUGUUAGUCGUGUACAUUUCCGUUGCUGCUUUUACAACUGUCUUUUUGUACUCCAGGAAGAUGAAAUUAAAACUUCCAUUCAGUUAGGAACUGCAAGAGAACUAGCUGCACAAAUAGUGAAAUAGUCAUAAGUGUGUGUAGCUCUGUGUGUGCAUUAUUUCUGUUUGUAUCAAAUAGACUGGCAGCUGCUUUAUUUAAUAAAUACAAAUUGCACGCAA